GAAUUAGCGAAAUAUGAAGAACCUGGUAAUAUUUAGGUUGUCUUCUGAUUGAGGUAGUGUUGAAAGGAAAAUUUCGAAAAACGUGAGAGAAAUUCAACCAGCUGGAGUAAUUUAUGUUGGUUACCCUGAAGAAGCAAACAUGUCUGCUUGUAUGUUGAUGGGUGGGUCGGUGUUUGUUAGUUUAAUGUUUGACAGAUAGUGCCGGGUGCGUAAGAUUAUCGCUAUUAUUAUAAUAAUUCAAAAUGACCACGUAAGUGACGAUACGUGUUGAAGCUGGUGGCGAUCGAACGCGUACCAGUAAAAGCUUGUACGUGCGACUUGCGCUGCAACGUUACAUCGACAAUGAAGUGUGUGGCAUCAAGCCCUUUAUUCACAAUUGAGGAAAACUGCAUAUGUGUAUAAAGUUUCCCUGAAUAAAAGAGAAAUACUUGCAUCGAAAGUGCAAGUUUUUUUUCUUCCCUGGGAUUGUAAAGUGUAUGUUGGCCCAAGUAAACAAGGAGCGAAAUAAUGGCUGAUGUCGAAGAAGUUCAGGGACAAAGAGAUGUUACGAUUGAGCGUGGACCAUCUGUUGAAGAACCAGAUCAGCCCAGGACUGUGGCUGUGCAGAUUCCUCGUGUAUCUGCACGAACUAUAACUGGUCCAGCUAACCUUCAAAAUCAAGGAGCAAUUGACUGGGGACAACAUGGACUUCUUGCUUAUGGCUCAAACUAUUCUGUUGUGAUAAUUGAUACAAAAAAUAUUCAAACAAUACAAUGCUUAGAUAAACACAAGUCAAUGGUUAACAAGGUACUUUGGGAGAAAGCUCAAACUUCACGAUCACCUGCUAUUGACCUAGUGUCUUCUGACACUACAGGCCAUAUAAUUGUAUGGGAUGUCACAUCUGGAAUCCCCCAUGGUGUAUUACAAGAAGGAAGCAAACCUGUGUUGGAUAUGCAGUGGGUUUCUGGCUUUGAUAGCAAUGACCAUAUUCUUGCGGCUCUUCAUCCACCAUACUCUCUUGUUAUUUGGGACACCUAUAAUAAGACAAAACUGUGGAAGAAAACAUACACUGAGACUCUUGUUAGCUUCAGAUUUGAUCCCUUCGAUGCUUCAAAAAUGGCAUUUCUCUGCAAUGACUGCAUCUUGUUCAUUGAUGAUUUUACGCUCACGAAAGUCCCUUCAUCUAAUGGUAGAAAAUUCUAUGUGUCAAGUCCUCGCACAAAUCCUUCAGCUAGUUCUGCACGAGGAAGUGUUUCAAACUUGAGUUCAGUUGGUUUGGAAGAGAAACAACGCUCGCGUGAUAGAUUAAGAUUGCGAAGACUAAUGAAGGACUUAGUUAUUGGAGAAACAAAACCCAAGCCAGAUGAUUAUAUGACUGUCAGCGAGUGCCUUCAGCUUGAGUAUCACCAAUGUUUAAGACAUCACCUUCUUUUGUUAUAUGCACGUGAAGUUCUGGUGCUUGAUUUGCACAUUAAUCAAACUGUUGGAAUAAUUCCUUUGGAAAAAUCAGGAUCACCUUUAGUGCAGAUAAGGUCUGCUAGGCAGCGGGACAUUCUCUAUUGCCUUCACGAGUCUGGAAGUGUAAGUGCCAAAUUCCGCCGGCGACAACUGGCAUUUGUAGGGUCCCCAUUAGAUGCACCAGCUGGUAGUGUAAGCAGCUUUGACAUGGGUUCUUUUUCUGCUGAUGUCUUCAUGGAAAUGGGAUAUGAGCAACGUUGUCAAAGCGAAGUGAUUCGUCAUACAAAGGGUUCAAAGGUACUCGGCAUGGCAGUUAAUCCAACUUGUGAACGGCGCAUUGCUCUAUUUUUAAAUACGGGCAAAGUGGUGUUUUUGGAGUUGCGUUUAGCUAAUAAUGAGAUUGCAUUUCCUUUGGUACCAUCACAUUCAUUACUUCAAGAUGCAUCAAAUAAAAAUAAUUCUAAUAAAAUGAAUGUUCCAUCAAGACACCACACUUUAAAUGAGUUAUUUGGACCAUUGAUGAGCGAGUCAAGUGCUCCCUUACCACCUUUGCGACUGUUGGUGACUGGCUUGUUGACUAGUGCAGCAUCUUUGCUCACUGUUGUGAGAAUGUGCCCACCCUUGACUACUCGUAACUGGCAGCAAUAUACUCCUCUGAUGGCUGGAGGUACUGCGUCAGGCCUAAUUCAAGUGUUCAACAUGGCCACUGGAGCAGUUGAUAAGGAGCUUGCAGUCCAUGCAUAUCCUGUUCGAGGCAUUGAAUGGACAAAUCUAACCAGCUUUUUAUCAUAUGCAUACCCCAAUGUAAUGACAUCUUCUGGUUUGGUGCGCAAUGAGUUUUUUCUUACUGAUACAUUGACAGGAAGUGAAUGGUCUCCAAUUCAUAAUUUAAAAUCCUUAAAGAAGAAGCUGGCAUAUGUAGAAGAGAAAGAACAAUCGGAGCCGACAAACAUUGCCGCCAGUGCUCCUUCAGGAGAACUGAAUCGCGGAGAAAAUGCUGAAAAGCAACUUGUUGCAAGAGAACAUUUUGUAUUUAGCGACUCUGAUAGCCAGUUGUAUCAUUUCUCAGUGGAAGGAAACAUUGUUCGUGAUGGAAUUAAAAUUCCUCCUGAAAAUGGUGUUGGAACAGUAACUAGUAUUGCUUUCAAAAAUGAUCAAAUUGUUCAAGGAGAUGUUGAUGGUUUGUUGAAUAUCUGGGAUCUGAAAGCUCGGACUUCUAAGAACGUUCAUACUGGCCGUGGAUGGAUAAAAAAGAUGAGAUUUGCACCUGGAAAGGGCAAUUUGAAAUUGCUUAUUUUGUACAGUGAUGGAGUGGAUGUGGUGGAUCUGAAAAAGAAUAACGAAAGGAUAUCUCAGUUAAAGUGCCCCAAGGAUAUGGUAAAAGUAUUGGAUAUUGACUGGGCUGCAUCUGAUAAACCUGUGCUAGCUACACAAGAUGGAUGUUUACGUAUAAUGGACAUGACACUUACCACCAGUUUUUCUGCUUUGGUUGACUAUGAAUUUCCAGAACCUAUAUUCUGUCCUGCAUUAUUACCAUCGAAAGCUGCCUGUGUCCUACAGUUGCUUGUAUCAACACAAUUCUGGAAAGAUCAUUAUUCUCUGGCUUUCUCCACAGACGAUGGAUUCUCUGAAGGAGAACUGCAAGCUGUGAAUGAACAGUUGAGCAUGCUAGAUUCUGAACAACUUGAUUAUCUUCAAAACUGUCCUCUUGGAACUGCAGAAAGAAGUCUCAUAGCUGCUCGAUUAUACGGAAAUCAGAGCGAAAUUGACUUUUGGACAGUUGCUCUUUAUUACUUACAAACAGCUGAACUUGAGGCAAAACACGGCAAACCAGAAAUGGAUCAGGCUGCUGGCGGAGAUCUCUUAGGUACAGGAUCUCCAACAGUCUUGGAUACAAAACGUAUCAAUAGGUAUCCUCAUUUACAGCCCCUGGAUUCAUGUUAUGAUAUUCUCUGCGAACCUUACUCGUAUCAGAGACUUCAGUUAGAGAGAGUUUCAUUACAUGAAAGUAAACGAGGAGAUUAUCAACAUACAAAGAAAGUUAUAGAGCAGUUGAUAUUACUUGGGGAGAUGGAUCGUGCUGUGCAAUUGUUGCUAGAAACUGAAUUUGACAACCCAAGUUACUAUACUGAUGCUAUAAAAGCUUGCCUUGUAGCUACUAUUCAGUCCACUGGUGCAGCUCAGAGUACAAUUAAAUUAGUUGCAACAAAUCUUAUUGCUAAUGGAAAUAUUUGGGAAGGUGUACAACUUCUUUGCCUUAUUGGCAAAGGAUUGGAUGCAUGCAGAUAUUUGAUCUCUUAUGGACUCUGGGAAUCUGCUGUUUGGCUGGCAAAGAGUGUUCUUCCGUUGGCAGAGAUGCAUGAAGUGAUGCGAAAAUGGUGUGAAUAUCUUUGGGCUGGUGGACACAAGAAUAAAGCAAUUUUGGUAACUUUGUCAAUGGGGCAAUUCGAUCGCACCCUUGAAUUACUAGGAAUGCAGCGUUUGCAUGGUCAAGCUGGACUUCUUCUACAAGCUUGCAAAGAGUUUGGAGUUUUCCCCAAAUCUUCUACAUCUGAGCUUCUUGCUAAUGCAGUGAAAUUGGAUUUUGCCAAACAUCUUUUCAGCCUGGGAAGUCAUCAAGCAGCCUUACAGCUCAGUCAACAAUUGGGUCCAGCAGGGGAAAAAUUGUGCAAAGAAUUUAUGAUUCUUGCUUCAGAAAAUGUAUAAUUUACAUUGUUUGUGCAUAUAUUAAGGUGUGUAAUUAUUUGUUAGUCAUAUUAACUUGAAUUAAUUGAUUUGUACAAAGUAUAUAGUCACAUAUUUAAUUAUAUUUCGUUUACAUUCCAAAACAAUUUCUCAUUUGUAAUACAAAAUUCGAAUACAGAGUUUAUAAACCGUUCAUGGAAUACUAAGUAUAUUUUUUUAUCAUGAAGGUGUUUUUUCCCAAAUUAUUUAAAACGACAUCCUUUUCUUGUCAUAAGAUCACUAAGGUUAAGAAGUUAACUGAAUGCAAUAGAUAAUAAAGUAACAUUGAAGUAUUACUGUUUCCAUUUAUUCAUUACUUCUAUUAUAUGUUUGCAAAAUGAAAUAUUUGAUAGUUACCCUAUUCUGCUCUGUUUUCCUUUUCAAUUAUUUUAGCUUCUUAUUUUUCUGUCUCCUUUUUGUCCACAUUUGUGUUCAAGUAUACAAUGAUUUGUUAGGUUCAAGUUCUGUGUUGACCACUUAGUAGUGGAUGAGGUACUCUCAAUCGAUGGAGAUUCUUCUUCUGCACAUUAUGGAUUUCAUUUAGCAACUGUUUUUCUUCCUCUGUUUUCGCAAAAAUGUGUCCACUUGGCUUCAGAAAAGAGUCAGGCUUUGUGUUGUCAUUAGCAAGUAAUACUUCUUGAAUGAAAUUGGCCUUUUCUAAUGAGAUAAAAUUGCUUGCAUUUGAGUGUUUGAUUGUGCUUUGACUUGCUGCACUUUUUCUUGGGUCCACUUCAGGUGCAGUUGGAGACUGUGGAGAUUUGCUAAUUGCUAGAUUAUCUCCCUCUAAGUCAAAGCUUUCUAACAAAUUCUUAAUUAAUUGUUGAUUUUCUUUGUCAUGAGGUUUUUUACUGGAUUUUUGAAGGGCUUUUUGAAUAGCUUUACUUUUUAAUUCAGUUCCUUCAAUAAACUUCAGUAUUUCUUUAAAAACAGUUUCAUUGUUUUCGUUAGCAAUCGCUAAUGGAAUAAGUGUCUCAAACUGGGGUCCUUGGGCAUUUAUCAAGCGCAGUGUAUUAAACGCUGAUUCUCGGACUUCUAAAUCCUUAUCAUUUACCAUAUUGCAAAUAACACUUAAAAACUUUGGGUUAUUAAUUCCCAACAUUCCAGUGACACUAAGUCCUAUAAUUUUCACAUUUUUAAUGUCACUAUUUAAACAUGGAAACAGGAUGCCAGCAAUCUUGGGGUCAAUACGUUCUUCAAACUAUAAUUUGUAUACUUUAAUCAUGUACUAAUUGUUUGAAGGUACUCAUAC